AUCGUGCCCGCGCACGGCCGCCUCGACGACGCGCACGCCGACGCGCACGCCGUCUUCGUCGUCCGGGCCCCCGACGGCAAGUACGUCACCGUCCGCGAGGGCGGCGACGGAGCGCUGCUCCUCGACGCGUCCGCGGACGCGGCGCUCGACGCGCUCGCCUUCGAGCUCGCGCCCUGCGCGGCGCCCGGCGGCGCCCCGACCCACCCGCUCGGCGGCCGCACGUUCAAGCUCCUCAACGUCUACGACGCCGGCGCCGGGCCCGAGAACGCGUUCGUCGGCCGCGCGGCGGACGGCGGGCGCCUCCGCGCCGCGUACCACGAGGGAGACGCGAUGCCGCUGACCCUCCUUCCCGUCGAGGGGCGGCCCCAUGAGUACGUGCUCCGCGGCGGCGCGCCCGCCGCGUACGUCUCCUUCGCCGACGACGGCGGCUGGCUCCACGCGCGCUACGAGCGGCGGCGCGACGCCAUGAGCGUCAGGCUCCACCUACGCACGUCGAACAACGCCGGGACGUGCCGCGGCGACCAGUUCCUCCUCUCGAACGAGUUCAAGCCGUCCAAGUACGCCGGCAAGUGGAUAUCGUUCUCGUCCAACGGGAACUGGCUCCGGUGCACCUACGACCGCGAGAGCGACGCCAUGUCCGUGAUGCUCUUCCCCGCGUAG